AUGACCGCUGAGGACAUGAUGAAUGGGCAAAGACCAUAUUUGAAGCAGAACGGCUUGCUGUCCUCAUUCCCAUAUUUACUGGAAGCAAUGACAGGUGUGUUUAGUGGUUACAUAUCGGAUGUAAUUCUCAGAAGGAACCUUGUAACAGUUAUAUUCGCACGACGUUUUUUCAACACAGUAGCUGCUGUGGGAUCUUCCAUUGGCUUAACUUUAGUGAUGAUUUCUGGAUGUAAUGUUGUGCCUCACAUAGUACUGUUUGCUUUGGUAAUGGCCAUUUCUGGAUUCUGCUACAGUGGCUACCUUAUAAAUGUCAUGGAUUUGUCACCGGAGUAUGCGGGUACUAUAAUGGGAAUAAUGAAUACUGCAUCAUGUUUGGGAGGGUUCAUAACAUCUGCCGUUGUUGGAUCUUUGACUGAGCCCGAGAAUACUAUGCAUCAGUGGGGCUAUGUUUUCAUAAUCAACAUUGUUAUGCUUCUGAUCAGCAGUGCUUUCUACCUGAUUUUUUCCUCUGCCGACAAACAGAUGUGGCAUCUGCCUAGAGAAGAGGUCAGAAGCGAAUCCAUUUCUCCGACAUCAUCUCCGCUGGGAUCACCCAAUCAGCCCUCUGGAACAACAACAUAAAAGACAAAUA